AUGUCAUCUUCUCCGCCGGCGACAUUAACUGCGGAGGAGGUGGAGGCGGUGACUAUGAGCGGGGAGGCGUUGCUGCAACUCGCGUCCCGCUUAAACGGAGCCGCCUUUGUGCCGUCCUCCAAUUCCCAAGCAGGCGGGAGGAUGUGGGGUGACCAUGGCAGUGGUGACGGGGGCGGUGACGCGCCCUUUGUGACGGUGGAGGACGGCGCUGGGUUCAUGGAGCUGCUGCGGGAUGUGAUUGAGCGCUGCCCCGCGAAUCUACAGGCACGUGGUGAAUCGCACUACGAGCAGCGGGAAUACGGGGCGCAUAACGAGGGACGAUCUCCGCAUGCAGCCACGAUGCUGCAGAAGAGACUGUUGGCACUGCAUCAUGUCGUGUUUGGGCUUCAGCCGGAACUGCUGGCAACGGUGCUGUCGCUUCUUCACGCCCCGCAUAUGAUGACGGAUGGGGAUGCGGUGUGUCACCUUUUCCAAAGCGCCCUCCUGUUGCUGCAAACAGUGGUGUUCUCGUGCUGUAUUCCAUCCGAGCACCUUGGGCAGGGCUGGCGGGGCUCGUAUGUGUCCGUAGAGGCCAUGGAGCUCUCCGCAACCUGCACGGACCUAUUGGACCGCCUUGGUGCCGUGGGGAUUGUGUCAGAUUUUCUGUACGAUGAUUUCCCCCUAACUGUUCGCCUGGCAGCUGCUCAGCUGCUCUUCAUUAUGCUCCUGCGUGAUGGUAGCACUGUGGCGCAGGCGAAAAGCUCCUACGUGCGUGAUGCCCUCAGUAGCCCAGAGCGUCUUUCUAUCCUCAUGACAGUGCUGACAUCGACGGACGCGUACAUAAAUAGCGUAGCAGCGCAUGCCACUGUAAGAAACUUAACAACGGACGAAUUGGCGAUGCCGGAGAACGGGGCAUCACACAGCACCACCUUAACGGAAACAGGAGGGCUUUCUGCAACGUCCGCGACGUUGCCGGAUUUGUGUUUGUCGCUGCGGCUGCAUAUUGCGGCCUGUGUGCGGGAGCUUGCCAACUCCCACUAUUCACGUCUCACAGGGCCUGAGGUUCUUGAUGUCUUGCUGCGACUGAGCGAUACGGACCCAAGUGGAGAUUUACGUGCCUUAUGUAUAGAGUCCAUGCAUGUUAUUCUUCGCCAUUGUGCAUCUUCCGAGUGGGCGACUGUGUCGUUUAAAAAGGAAUUGGCGGCAUUGUGCGCGACUCAACUUGGGCGUGAAGGUCAUCAUGAUGCUCUACACGCCACACUAUGUCUUCUUGAAACACUUAUUCUGAGGGAUGCGCUUGACAACUCUGCCGGUGACAUUUCCAAGGCGGAUGACGGGGAAGUGACACAUCGGGACUUGUGUUUAUGUGAGUCGCUGCUGAUGUUAUUUGCGGACCGCGCGUUGGCAGCACUUAUAGGGGACGCGGUCUCUCCGUUAGGCGAACGUACGAAAAAGCAUUCAUCAGGAAGGGGUGUGAACGAGAGUCAACCCCGUCACAGGGAUCCAACUUAUCAUUCGACGCAGGACCGGCCGCAGUUUCUUCAGGGCAGGAAGAUGGCUACUCGUGACAUUUUUUGCAAUGUGACGACCGUUUCCUGUCUUUCCGCGCGCUGUUUACGUUUACUUGUGCAACACGCUCCAUAUUACCGAAAUGGGGCUUUUUAUCUCGUGCAGCAUCGUCCUUCUCUGUCGCGGCUGCUGGAGACGAGUGUACGGUUGGCAGCGUUCCAUGAAAUUCGCUGCCGAGAGAACGCCUUGGGCAGCGGCUAUGAUCGAGGCAUUUCAAAUUCUAUCGAUUUUGAGGGAGGCGGGGACGGAGUGAAUGUGGACGAGGCGUCGUUGGUGCUGGCGGUGGAAUUGGCGAUCCUGGUAGGACUUUGCCUUGCGCAAGACCCGAGGGCACGUCAGUUGGUCGCUGCAGAGUUCUGCAAUUUUCAUGUGGAGGCGCAGCAGAUGCGUUCCGCGCUUAUAUCGAAUCUGAAUCUUGUUUCCUUGUCGUACUUUGGCGAUGCGGCGAGUGGGGAUAUAUUUGAGAUUAUGGAUGUCACCGGCGUGAGGUUGAACACGCUGGAUGCGGUCAUGUGGGACACACCGGACCGUCCUUCGCGAGCCGCCGUGCAUCACCUCUUUACCACACAGGAAUCACGAUGGAACAAAGGUGAGCUGCGGAUAUUAUCUUUGUCGUCACGCAUAAAUGGCAAUAAGGAUUUGGCGGAUUUCAGUGAUGGUGAUGAUGGGAAACAGGGAAGGGAAAAUGAUGUUAACGCCACCAUGAAUAACAAUGGUAAUAAUGGGGAUAACAGGGAAGGGAAGACGAGAGGAGGGGAUAUGUAUGCAUUACUUCAGACCUCCGACCAUCAGCGACUUCAGCGUCUUACUUUCAUUGUGCUGAGCUAUGCCAUUCACUACACCUUCAAGGCUGCCACAGGGGACGCGGCUGCAGCCACGAGGUUUGCCGCUGCGUUUCGUGGAACGGCAGAUGACAGUCUACGCGAGUUACUUGCAACACUCCCAUCCCCAUCCUUUAAAACCACCUCAGCCGUGGAGGAGCAACGUCGUACUUCACGUGUGGCGUCUACCGCGGUUGCCACAGUACCUGCGGCUGCGAUCCACGACUCCCGUGCCCAAAAGAAUCUACGAUACUACGACGCGUACAUGUUGGAUGCGGGCAAACAAGUUCCGGAGGCAAAGGGGCAGAAGUCUUCAGCGAAGAAUUCAUUUCUUGUGUCUGCGCGACGGGGCCAACUCCAGAGGCCACGUGAUCGUCUCACUUCUUCUGCACCGAUGAAAGGUGCCUCCUCCUCUUCCUCCACCUCCACAACCACGGACGGUGAGGAGGAAAGUGCCAAAAAUGCGCCGGAUGGCCCGGCCCCCGUGACUGCAGAGACGGCGCAUCUCAUCCUUCAGUUUCAUCGCGGUCUGCGACUCUUCCGCGAUCUUGCGCAGUUUUACAACAAGCACCCCACGUCCAUGCUAAGCCGCACCACCGUGUACCAGGCGACGGAGGAGAAGGGAAUGGUCCGGCGCCAGGGCAAAUGUGAGGCGCAGCGCACGAUAGCAAAGAUCCUGCAGGAGGCGGAGGACGCCUCUUUGCUUUCACAACAGCCAACAACAACAACACCAACAACAACAACAGCGCAGCCACCGCAAAGUCAGCGGGGGCGUGUCACAAGUCUCGGUCUCAUCGGUGUGAAUACACGCUCUUGGUCGAUUAACGAACUGCAGCAGGGAGAUUUGUUUUACUUUUGCAUCCCGCACGCACAACUCACAACGGAGGCACUGCAGUACACUCGACGUCGUGCUCUGAAGCACGGUCGCCACCUAAAAAAAGUGUUUGCCAUCACACCGCAGUCCGCUAAGUCGCGGCGCUGGCUUUUGCACGACGCCAUUGCAAACAUCAUGCCGGGCGUUGUACAUGCACUCUCGCAGUUCAUCCAAUGGUUUGACGUUUACGGCGAAGAAAAUGUGAAGCUGCCAAUUCUCAUUUAUUUUGAAGACGAUGUUGGCCGUGAUGAUGACGAUAACAAAAAUAAGAGCGGUUCUCAGCGAUAUUCACAGGAUGGAAACGGGCGAGAAGAUUCACAUCCCGCGGGAAAGAAGCGGCGCAGUGGUGGUGGUGGCAGAAGCGCCGUCUUGCCUUCCGCGCCGUCUUCAAUGUUCCGACCGACACCGUCCCAUCCGCAGGGGCAAGGGGAUGCCUCGAUGGCUUCGUCGCUACCGCGGGCAGAGGAAGUGGCACUUCAUGCAGGCAAUCUUAUUUCACUGCUGCAGCAAGUUGCCUUCUACCUACAGCGCCGAGAUCAGCUGCCGCACCCCGAAGACGGUUUGCGGUCGCGAGAAUUUUCAACCUUUGUUGCCUCUCCAAUGCCCCGGAAAGGGGAGGACACGGGGCAUCCAUCGUACGCGUCCCCGUCCAUUACUGCGUUGCAGCACGACAAGGGAGGAGCCGGGACACCAAUAAGAGCAGUGACCAACUCCGCGUCUCCCUUAUCGACGGCACGAAAUUCGGUGUUCCUGCGUGAUAUUGAGCGGGAAAUUGAACGGCUACAAAAAUUAGAUGUUUAUGGAGAUGAAAACGGCACCGAAGCUGCGGGAGGUUUUCUUUUACCAGAAAUGGCUGUGAGUCCAUACGGCGACACGUUGACGCCACAUGCCUUUGGAAAGAUUGACGGUUUUGGUCGAUAUGAGAACGAUGACGACAUAAUUGAGGAGGAUGAGGAGGAGUUUGAUGAACUAAAAGGAGGUGUAGAACGUUAA